CGAUGAUAUAUGUAAAUCAUCCGGACAUAACAUUAAAUGUACAGCCAUGACUUCGGUUAAAGUAGCUGUUCGUGUAAGACCUAUGAAUCUGAGGGAACGAGAUUCAAAUGCAGAUGUGGUCGUUCAAUUUACGGAUAAGAUCAUACUAACAAAUAAUAAGAUUCCAGAGUUUGGUUGUGAAGGAGACGUAGCUAGAGAAGCUACUCGUACCAAAGAAUUUUCAUUCAAUUACAUAUUUUGGUCAGUGAAUCAAGAUGACCAAAAUUAUUGUUCACAAGAAAAGGUUUUUCAGGAAUUUGGAACAGAUAUUGUGUCGUCUGCUUAUGAUGGUUACAAUGCAUGCGCAUUUGCCUACGGACAACCUGGUUCAGGUAAAACCUACACAAUGAUCGGAACGCAGGAAAACAGAGGUCUUAUUCCAAGGAUAUGUAAUGAUAUUUUUCUGAAGAUGAAUGACCAGUCUGCAACAUAUAGAACAGAAAUAAGUUUUAUGGAGAUAUAUAACGAGAGAGUAAGAGAUCUACUCGAAACCCCCGAUAGAGCUCGAGAGGGUUUACGUGUAAGAGAGCACCCUAAGUAUGGCCCAUAUGUUGAAGAUUUAUCCCACCAUAUAGCAGACAGCUUACAAGAUGCAAAUGAACUUAUUCGAAUAGGGGAAACGAAUAGAUGUACAGCACCCACCAAUAUGAAUGACGUCAGCAGCAGGUCACAUGCUAUAUUUACUCUCAUAUUUACUCAGGCUAGAAUGUUUAAUGGAAUGCCUUAUGAAACCCAAAGUAGAAUUCAUUUGGUAGAUCUGGCUGGAAGUGAGAGUGCAGAUGCAUCAGGGGCUACUGGACAAAGACUGAAAGAAGGUGGUAAUAUUAACAGAUCACUUGUUACUCUAGGGACAGUUAUUACACUACUAGCUAAAUCUUCCGAUACAGACAUAGAGAAAAAAGUUUUUAUCCCGUAUAGAGAUUCUAAAUUAACGUGGCUGCUUAAGGACAGUCUUGGUGGUAACUCUAGAACAUUUAUGAUAGCAACAAUAUCACCAGCUGAUAUCAAUUAUAAUGAAACACUAAGGACUUUGAGAUAUGCAGUAGGAGCGAAGAACAUCGUAAACAAACCAACUAAAAAUGAGGAUCCUAGUGUUCGAUUGAUCAGAGAGAUGAAAGAGGAAAUAUUACGUCUGAAAGCAAUGCUUAGUGGAGAACUGGACCAGUCUGCUGAACCAAGAGUAAAGGAAAUGUUACAAGAAAGUGAAGUCAGGGUUAAGGUAUUGACCGAAGAAUGGACAGAAAAAUGGCAUGAAACAGAUAUUGCUGACCAUGCAAUGGCUGUUCGCAAGGAAGGAAAGGGAAUUAUGUUAGAUUCAGCUCAUCCACAUCUUAUUGGCAUUGAUGAUGAUAUAUUUAGCACAGGGAUAACUAUGUAUAAUCUUAAGAUUGGCAUAACUACAAUAGGUAGAAAUGACGCACAAGUGGAGCAAGAUAUCAAAAUAGCUGGACUUGACAUAGAAAUGGAACACUGUGCAAUCGCCAAUGAUAAUAAUCUAGUUCAGCUAAUUCCGAAGAAUAACGCUAUGUGCACAGUAAAUGGUUGUUCGAUAGUUGAGCCAACCAAACUAACACAAGGCGCAGUUAUACUUUUAGGUAAAACUAACAUGUUCCGUUUUAACAAUCCAGCAGAAGCAUUAAAAAUGAAAGAAGAAUUAAAAGACCAAGGGAUAUCAGUAUCUAGAGAGCCUUCUAUUGGUUAUGGAAGAUCUAUCAGUGACAUGUACAGAUCUACAGACAGCUUGACAUCAUCAAACUGGGAAACAUCAGAUGACUACGGAGAUGACAUAGACAAAUUAAAUGAACAAAGGAAAUACAUUGAGUUGAUGGAACAACGCUAUGAUAAAGCACAAACAGAAAGAGAAUCAUCAAUAUUCAAUCUGGAGCAAGAAGUUCAGAACAUUUUAGUUACUUUGGGUGAUAUAAAAGAUCGAAUACAUCAGGACAAUAUACAAAAUACAAAAUAUGGAAAAGGAUUGAAAAAACUAACUGAUGAACACACGAAGGCCAAAGAUGCAAUUUUACAGGAAAUUACAAAGCUGAAGUCAGACCUGCAAUUUACCCUGAAGGCCUUGGAUGAUGAGAUACUUAUUCUAGAACAGAAAGAAAAUGAUCUUGUUAUUUCACAAAUAACUCUUCAAUCAAACGUUCAUUCUAAAAUCGCCGGUCUAUUAGAGAGCAAGGGACAGAACUUGAAAAAUUUAGAAGAUAUAGAUAAGGAUUUACAAAACCUAGAACACUGUUUCACAGAAGAAAAGACAAAACUGACAUCAAAGUCUGAUGUUAAUGAACGAAUUCUAAAAGAACUUGAACAACAGGAACAAAAAAUACAAACGGAUGUCGAUAUAGAACUAAAACUGUUACGAGAUAAACGUACUAGGGCGGAACAUAGUAGGGCAUCUGAAAUGAGAAAAAUAGAUGAAGCAUGGCAAGAUAUCCAUGAGCAUGAGCAGCAGAUGAGUGAACAAAAAAUGCGUGGUUUGAACCAAACAGAAAAGUCUAAACUUUUGCAAAAGCAAACACAUAUUAAUGAAGCGAAAGAACUUUUAAUACAAGAACAAGAAUCUAUUGCAAAAGACCAUAGAGAAGUCAUGACACAGUUAGAAAAAGAAGAAAUGAAAAUUGAUCUGAACAGACAUAAGUUGAUAGAAGAAUUUCAACUGAAAAAACUAAAUGUUUUAUCUACAAUUAGUCCUAAGCUUAAAGAAAUCAAUAACACAAUGUACAUAAAAAAGAAAGAACGCGACGAUCUGGACAGUACCAUUCAAAAUUGGGAAAACGAACUAGAAAAUCUAGAAGGGAUGCUCAGCAUGUCAACCGAUAGCUGCACGAAACAGCAACAUGUGAUUGCAGAAGAGACACUUAAAAAGAAGAAAAAACGUGAUCUGAAUGAAAAAGAAAUACAAUCAAAGUUAUCAGGUCUAGAGUCCAGACUUGCUGUUCUAGAUAAAGAAUUCAAUGAGUCGACAGAAAAACUGAAACGUGAUCUAAAUUUUCAAGGGGAUAGUGACCAAACUUCAAGUCAUCCGAAGCAACAGGAGAUUGAAAAAUUUCAAGGGCUAUAUGACAUAAAACAUUCAAAAUUAUUAAUCCUCAAACAACAAGCUGAAGAACAACAAGAUAGAGAAUUCGAAUCGUUGGAACUAGAAAUCAUGAAACUAGAAGAAAUACAAAAUCAGGCUAGAAUUGAUCAAGAGGUGAAACGUCGACUACGGGAUGUUCGACAAAAUAAGGCUACCAAGAGACGGAAUUAUGAAAGUUUUGCCAGUUUAGAAACAGACUACAAUACUGUAAGUUAA